CCAGCUCCAGCUCCAGCUCCGUACAGCAAAGCAGGAUCAAAUCCCGAUAAGAUAAGGAACCAAAAAGUGCGGAGGCCGUCGAACUGGCGCGGGUUUCGGAGGUGGCCGAUAACGAGCGAUCCUCCCCCCAUCUUCCCCUUCACCCCAAGGGCGAGCGAAGGCUGCGCCAACUUAAAGACGCUUCUGUUCCCCGGUUGUACGAUCGUUUUCUGUGUACCUGCAUACCCUGCACAUUUGCUCUUUCAAUCGGGCAUUUUCCUCUACCUCCUUGUUGUUGUUGUUCCCCUCCAACGAAAACCAUCCCCAUCCCCAUCCCCCACCAUCAUGUCUUCCCCCAUCACUGCGGCCCGCUACGGCAAGGACAAUGUCCGAGUAUACAAGGUUCACCGGGACGAGAAGACGGGCGUCCAGACCGUCGUCGAGAUGACCGUCUGUGUCCUCCUGGAGGGAGAGAUUGACACCUCUUACACCAAAGCCGACAACAGCGUCGUCGUCGCCACGGACUCCAUCAAGAACACGAUCUACAUCCUGGCGAAGCAGAACCCCGUGACGCCGCCUGAGCUCUUCGGCUCGAUUUUGGGCAACCACUUCGUGACCAAGUACCCGCACAUCCACGCGGCGCACACCUCCAUCGUCACGCACCGGUGGACGCGCAUGACCAUCGACGGCAAGCCGCACCCGCACAGCUUCCUGCGCGACGGCGAGGAGACGCGCAACGUGCAGGUGGACGUGGUCGAGAAGGCCCAAAGCAUCGGCAUCGACAUCCGCUCCUCGCUGGCCAAGCUGACCGUGCUCAAGAGCACCAACUCGCAAUUCUGGGGCUUCGUGCGCGACGAGUACACCACCCUGCCGGAGACCUGGGACCGCAUCCUCAGCACCGACGUCGACGCCACCUGGCAGUGGCAGCGAUUCGCCGGGAUCGAGGCCGUCCGCGCCGCCGUCCCCCGCUUCGAUGCCACCUGGGCCGCCGCCCGCGAGAUCACCCUCAAGACCUUCGCCGAGGAUAACUCGGCCAGCGUCCAGAACACCAUGUACAAGAUGGCCGAGCAGAUCCUCGAGCGGCAGCCCCUGCUCGAGACGGUGGAGUAUGCGCUGCCCAACAAGCAUUACUUUGAGAUUGAUCUGAGCUGGCACAAGGGUCUGAAGAACACCGGCAAGGAUGCCGAGGUGUAUGCGCCCCAGAGUGGACCCAAUGGUCUCAUCAAGUGCACGGUUGGUCGCAAGUCCAAGGCCAAGUUGUAGUGUAGUUCUUUGUUGGACUU